UUCAAAUCGUGGCAAAUUAAAAUAUCAUUGUUCAGAGAUUUAAGAUUCAUUGUUGUUGUUUUGGUGUUUAAGUAAAAUAACUGCAAAGAAGUAUAGUUUUAUUACACUUUUAAUUAAUAAAACGAAAAUAUUGUUAAGUUCAAUGUAACGUCUCGCCUUUAAUCUUUUUCCUAAAAAAAACUUAAUGCUUUGUAUUUCACGAUUUUAGUUUGCACAAUCAUUAUCAUAAUUAUCUAGCUUAAGUUGCUAUCAGCUAUGUAUUGGCCUCAUUAAAAUUAUGUCGGAGAGUGACGAGAGUGAUUUAGUGUAUGAAAUAGAUGCAAAUGGACAAAGCAUGCUUGUAAGAUCACUGGAAUCAACGCAGCGAGCUUAUCUAAGAUUUACAAAUAAAACGUCGCGUCCAAUAGAUAUUUGGUGGCGAGAUUUUCGUGGCGUUAAGCGGCAUUACGUCCGUCUGGAGGAAGGUAGAUACUUUGACGUAAAUUCUUUUAUAACUCAUCCGUGGGAGUUCACAGACGUAGCAACUAAGGAACGGUACGUUAUAAAUAAUAAUCCUAUUUACCGACCACCUAGAAAUAUAGGCGGUAUGAUGUUUCGCGCCAAUUGGAAUAUUACAAUUGGUGUACGCAGCUUAAGACAUACUGUUUUGCUAGCUUUGGCACUACAUUUGAAGGACUCUAACGCAGUAAACACAUUAGGUUUACCAAGAGUACUGGCUGAAGAGUUGCAGCGACUUACUAUACUGUUUCAUACACCCCAGCCUCCACCAAGCAGAGAUUGACGAUUUAUGUUAUUUGUAUUUGUACUUUUAAUCUGUGUAUUUACAACUAUAUCUGAAUCAUUAAUGUUAAGUAUAAAUUUUACUACAAGUAUUGUCUAAGUUACAAUUAUAGUUAUAGAUCAUCACUUAUUAAUUGUCAAAAUAAUUAAGUAAACUGCAUUUGAUUUCAGUAAUGAAAUAAUAAUUGCAUAUAAUAAGUAUUUUGUGAAGGCUUUUGUAAAAAAUAAAUAUAAUAACAUAUGUAUGAUAAAAAAACUAUAUUUGUCAUGAUCUGUCUACAAAUUAUGAUCUGAAAAAUUAAACAUUGUAGUUAUAUUUACACUAUUUUAGUGAAGAACUCAUAUUAAGGAUCACAUUAUUCACAUCUUCUAUGACUAUCAUCUUCUCUUGUUAUAGAAUGCUAAGAAUUCAUAUUGUAGACAUUAUCCGGCCCUUUUCUAAUCAGAUAAAAAUAUUCAACAUUGAAUUAUUGAAUAUUUUGGACAAUCUUUAAUAUAAUUAAUGCAUGACACCAUUGUGCUUGAAGCUUAAGGUAUUGUUUUGAUUCUGAUUGCUGAAUUAUUAUAUAUAUAUAUAUAUUAAUAAUACAUUUAGAAUCAUGUCAGAAUCUAAUUUGUUAAUUGCAAGUUACUCUUUUGUUAAAAAUUCUAUAUACUAUAGACAAUAGGAGGGUCUUAGGUCUUACUCUAUAAUCAAUCCCACAAAUUUUAUGUCUGAUGCUGUCCUGCAAAAUAUUUAUCAGAUUACUGGGCUGUACUUGCAUUUAAAUAUAUAUUUUUGGAAAUGUAAAGCAAGUGAUAACCCUUAUAGCUUUAUAUAUAUGUAAAAUAUUUAUGAAUGUUAUUUGUUAUUUUAUAUAAAUAAUAUGUGCCAUCUUUACUGUAACUAAAUAGAUAUAGGUUUUUUAUUGUAUUGACAUAAUAAAAUUUUAGAAUAAUGUUUUUA